AAUGAAGAUUACUUACUUGAUCUGCAUUGUGUCGUUGGUUGUCUUUCGAAAUGUCGCAGCCGAAGCUGAAGAAACUUUGACAAGCGAGAAUGCUACAGAGACGACAACAAUUCUGGACAAUGCUGCAGUUGCUGUGGAAGAGACUUUGACAAGCGAGGAUGCAGUUGCUGUGGAAGAGACUUUGACAAUCAAGGAUGUUGAAAAUCUGCGAAAUUCAAUCCUGACCUAUGUUGAGCAGUUUUUGGCGCAAUUUGGCAGGGUUUUCGCAGUCGAAGCUGAAGAAACUUUGACAAGCGAGAAUGCUACAGAGACGACAACAAUUCUGGACGACACUGUUCAUUCAAUUCAAGAGAACUUUGGGAGGAAUUUAAGAUCCUUCUUCUGGAAAAGAAUAGCAGCUCCAGUACUCAGCUCACUCGGUCUCAAUCAAACAUUUACCGUGGCAAUAUGA